AAUUAAAAAAUGUCGGCAACAAAGUUAGGAAACGAAGCGUUAUAGUUAAACAACCCUUCAACCUUUUUUUUUUUUUUUUUUUUUUUUUUUUUUUAAUUUUUAUUUUUUUAUCAUCUCUUUAAUAAAAAUAUUUGAUUGGAAGGUAACAAAAAGUACCCCCAACAAAUCAAAUCACACUUUUUUAGUCAAAUUCACUCCAUUUCUUAAUUCUCUUAAACUUCCUCUAAAACCUAAAAACAAAAUUUUAUUUUAAUUUUUCAAAAUUUUUAUCAGACAACCCGCCAUUGUUUUCUCUCUGCAAUCGCAGCAGCUGCUCUCAAAUAACCCAUAAAGCUUCACCUAAAAAAUCAUCAAUUUUUAGUAGAAAUUAGAAAAAGUUUAGAAUAUUAAAUACAGUGAGCUUUAAAGUAGGAAUUUUGUUUCAAAAUUGCAGAAAAAAAUGUCUUUUUUUAUGGGAUUAUUCAUGGGAACUGUAGUUGGUCUUUUAAUUAUCGUCGCUUUUGUUCGCUGUGAAAAUGCCAGAUCCAAAUCUCGUUCUCAACUGGCAGAAACAAUUGCGGCGUUUUCUAGAAUGACAGUGGAAGAUUCUAGAAAGUUGCUUCCUCCUCCUUACUACCCUUCUUGGGUUGUCUUCUCCAAUCGUCAAAAAUUGAAUUGGCUUAAUUCCCAUCUCACCAAAAUUUGGCCUUUUGUUGAUCAGGCAGCAUCAGAGCUAAUAAGGGAGUCAGUGGAGCCACUACUAGAGCAAUAUAGGCCGAUUAUAUUGUCUUCCUUAAAAUUUUCCAAGUUCACUCUUGGAACUGUUGCUCCUCAAUUUACAGGGGUUUCAAUUCUUGAAGAUGCAGGUGAAGGUGUCACUAUGGAGUUAGAGAUGAAUUGGGAUGGAAAUCCGAGCAUUAUUCUUGAUAUUAAAACUAAACUUGGUUUAUCACUUCCUGUCCAGGUUAAAGAUAUUGGAUUCACUGGAGUUUUCAGGCUGAUCUUUAAGCCUUUAGUUGCGGAGUUUCCAGGGUUCGGAGCUGUCAGCUUCUCUUUGAGAAAAAAGAAAAAGUUGGACUUGACUCUUAAGGUUAUUGGUGGAGAUAUAAGUACAAUCCCGGGGCUUUCUGAUGCUAUUGAGGGCACAAUAAGGGACGCAAUUGAGGAUUCCAUCAUGUGGCCUGUUCGAAAAAUUAUCCCCAUUCUGCCUGGGGACUAUAGUGACUUGGAAUUAAAGCCUGUUGGGAUGCUAGAGGUGAAGCUUGUGCAAGCUAAAGAACUGACAAAUAAAGAUCUGAUUGGAAAAUCAGAUCCUUUUGCUGUUUUAUAUGUACGACCAACACGUGACAGGACAAAGACCAGUAAGACAAUUAAUAACCAGUUGAACCCAAUCUGGAAUGAACACUUCGAAUUCAUAAUUGAAGAUAAAUCUACCCAACACUUGGUGGUUAAAAUUUUUGAUGAUGAAGGUCUUCAGGCUGCUGAACUUAUAGGCUGUGCUCAGUUCCAGCUAAAAGAUCUUGAGCCUGGUAAAGUGAAGGAUGUCUGGCUCAAGCUAGUCAAAGAUUUAGAGGUUCAGAGAGAUGCUAAAAAUAGGGGGCAGGUACAUGUGGAGCUUUUAUACUGUCCUUUUGGUGCUGAGAAUGUUACAAAUCCUUUUGCAUCCUCUAUGACUUCUUUGGAGAAGGUUCUCAAAACUGAAGAUGGGAUUCAAGAAGUCGAAAAUGGAUCUAGUUUUGCUCCCAAGAAGAGAGAGGUUAUCGUCAGAGGAGUGCUGUCUGUAACAGUGAUUUCUGCUGAUGACUUGCCAGCAGUAGAUUUUACGGGCAAGUCAGACCCUUAUGUGAUACUUACUAUGAAAAAAUCUCAAACAAAAAACAAAACUAGAGUUGUGAAUGAAAGCUUGAAUCCAGUUUGGAACCAAACAUUCGACUUCCUUGUUGAGGAUGGGCUUCAUGACAUGCUAAUGCUGGAAGUAUGGGAUCAUGACACAUUUGGAAAGGACUAUAUGGGUAGAUGCAUCUUGACAUUGACAAGGGUUAUACUAGAAGGGGAAUAUAGAGAAAGUUUCCCAUUGGAUGGAGCUAAAACAGGUACCGUGAAUUUGUAUUUGAAGUGGUCGCCUCAGCAUGUCUAUCGCGAAUAACAAACCUCAGAUUCUGCUGUACAUUAUACAUGCUGCUCCUCUGAGUGUGUACAAAAAGGAUUAAUGGGGAGCUGUGAAGCAUAUUUAAAGAGAAGUUGCAUUGAAACAAAGUAGACAUUAAUAAAUUUUGUUAUGUUCCUGCAGCAUAAAUAGUGCUGUAAAGUUGCAAAGCAUUUGAUGUAAAUUAUUGAAACUUGAAAAAAGUAAUGACAGUUUUGUUCCUCGAAUUCAA